UCUUCUCUCUCUGGAAAGCUGGAAGCAUGAGCGUGCAGACCUGCCGCUGCGGCGGCCGCCCCGGCUCCUCGCCUCCGCCUCUUCUGGCCGCCCCUCGCCGGUGAGAGAAGAGGACGCGAGAAGGGAAGAUGGGGGCCGUCCUGAGGAGCCUCCUGGCCUGCAGUUUCUGUGCGCUCCUGAGAGCGGCCCCUUUGUUGCUUUAUGCAAACAGACGGGACUUACGAUUGGUUGAUGCUACAAAUGGCAAAGAGAAUGCUACAGUUGUAGUUGGAGGCUUGGAGGAUGCAGCUGCGGUGGACUUUGUGUUUGGUCAUGGCUUGAUAUACUGGAGUGAUGUCAGCGAAGAAGCCAUUAAACAAACAGAGUUUAACAAAACUGAGAGUGAACAGAAUGUUGUCGUUUCUGGAUUAUUAUCUCCUGAUGGGCUGGCAUGUGAUUGGCUUGGAGAAAAAUUAUACUGGACAGAUUCUGAAACUAAUCGGAUUGAAGUUUCCAAUCUAGAUGGAUCUUUACGAAAAGUUUUAUUUUGGCAAGAGUUGGAUCAACCUAGAGCCAUUGCCUUAGAUCCUUUAAGUGGAUUCAUAUACUGGACAGACUGGGGAGAAGUACCAAAGAUAGAACGUGCUGGAAUGGAUGGUUCAAGUCGCUUCAUUAUAAUAAACACUGACAUUUACUGGCCAAAUGGACUGACUUUGGACUAUGAGGAACGGAAGCUUUAUUGGGCAGAUGCAAAACUUAAUUUCAUCCACAAAUCAAAUCUGGAUGGCACAAAUCGGCAAGCAGUGGUUAAAGGUUCCCUUCCACAUCCUUUCGCCUUGACGUUAUUUGAGGACACAUUGUACUGGACUGACUGGAAUACACACUCCAUUUUGGCUUGCAACAAGUACACUGGCGAGGGUCUGCGUGAAAUCCAUUCUAACAUCUUCUCCCCCAUGGAUAUACAUGCCUUCAGCCAACAGAGGCAGCCAAAUGCUACAAAUCCAUGUGGAAUUGAUAAUGGUGGUUGUUCCCACUUGUGUUUGAUGUCUCCAGUCAAGCCUUUUUAUCGGUGUGCUUGCCCAACGGGGGUCAAACUCCUGGAGAAUGGAAAAACUUGCAAUGAUGGUGCCACUGAAUUACUGCUUUUAGCCCGAAGGACAGACUUGAGACGCAUUUCUUUGGAUACACCAGACUUCACAGACAUUGUUCUACAAUUAGAAGAUAUCCGUCAUGCCAUUGCUAUAGAUUAUGAUCCUGUGGAAGGCUAUAUCUACUGGACUGAUGAUGAAGUGAAGGCCAUACGCCGUUCAUUCUUAGAUGGAUCUGGUAGUCAGUUUGUGGUCACCGCUCAAGUUGCACAUCCUGAUGGUAUUGCUGUUGACUGGGUUGCCCGAAAUCUUUAUUGGACAGACACUGGCACUGAUCGGAUAGAAGUGACAAGGCUCAAUGGGACCAUGAGGAAGAUCUUGAUAUCAGAGGACUUAGAGGAACCCCGGGCUAUUGUGUUAGAUCCUAGGGUUGGGUACAUGUAUUGGACUGACUGGGGAGAAAUCCCGAAAAUUGAGCGAGCAGCUCUGGAUGGUUCUGACCGAGUAGUGUUGGUUAACACUUCUCUUGGUUGGCCAAAUGGUUUAGCCUUGGAUUAUGAUGAAGGCAAAAUAUACUGGGGAGAUGCCAAAACAGACAAAAUUGAGUUUAUGAAUACCGAUGGCACUGGGAGACGAGUACUAGUGGAAGACAAAAUUCCUCACAUUUUUGGGUUUACUUUGUUGGGUGACUAUGUUUACUGGACUGACUGGCAGAGGCGGAGCAUUGAAAGAGUACACAAACGAAGUGCAGAGAGGGAAAUCAUCAUAGAUCAGCUCCCUGACCUCAUGGGCCUAAAGGCCACAAAUGUUCAUCGGAUCAUUGGUUCCAACCCCUGCGCUGACGAAAAUGGAGGAUGUAGCCAUCUUUGCCUCUAUCGCCCGCAAGGCCUUCGCUGUGCCUGUCCCAUUGGCUUUGAACUCAUCAGUGACAUGAAGACCUGCAUUGUCCCAGAGGCUUUCCUUUUGUUUUCUCGGAGAGCAGAUAUCAGGCGAAUUUCUUUGGAAACUAACAAUAAUAAUGUGGCCAUUCCACUCACUGGUGUCAAAGAAGCUUCUGCUUUGGAUUUUGAUGUGACAGACAACCGAAUUUACUGGACUGAUAUAUCACUCAAGACCAUCAGCAGAGCCUUCAUGAAUGGCAGUGCACUGGAACAUGUGGUAGAAUUCGGCUUAGAUUAUCCAGAAGGCAUGGCUGUAGACUGGCUUGGGAAGAACUUGUACUGGGCAGAUACAGGAACGAAUAGAAUUGAGGCAUCAAAGUUGGAUGGGCAGCAUCGACAAGUUUUGGUGUGGAAGGAUCUAGACAGUCCCAGAGCUCUUGCGUUGGACCCUGCUGAAGGAUUUAUGUAUUGGACUGAGUGGGGUGGAAAACCUAAAAUAGACAGAGCUGCCAUGGACGGAAGUGAACGUACUACUUUAGUUCCAAACGUGGGGCGCGCAAAUGGCCUAACUAUUGAUUAUGCUAAAAGAAGGCUCUACUGGACAGACCUGGACACCAACUUAAUAGAAUCUUCAAAUAUGCUAGGACUCAACCGUGAAGUUAUAGCAGAUGACUUGCCUCAUCCUUUUGGCUUAACUCAGUACCAAGAUUAUAUCUACUGGACGGACUGGAGCCGACGCAGCAUUGAGCGUGCCAACAAAACUAGUGGCCAGAACCGCACCAUCAUCCAGGGCCACUUGGAUUACGUGAUGGACAUCCUCGUGUUUCACUCCUCUCGGCAGGCUGGCUGGAAUGAGUGUGCUUCCAGCAAUGGGCACUGCUCCCACCUCUGCUUGGCUGUGCCAGUUGGAGGUUUUGUUUGUGGAUGCCCUGCCCACUACUCUCUUAAUGCUGACAACAGGACUUGUAGUGCUCCAACUACUUUCCUGCUCUUCAGUCAGAAGAGCGCCAUCAACCGCAUGGUAAUUGAUGAACAACAGAGCCCCGACAUUAUCCUUCCUAUCCACAGCCUUCGGAACGUCCGGGCUAUUGACUAUGACCCACUGGACAAGCAACUAUAUUGGAUUGAUUCACGACAAAACAUGAUCCGAAAGGCGCAAGAAGAUGGCAGCCAGGGCUUUACUGUGGUUGUGAGCUCAGUUUCGAAUCAGAAUCUAGAAAUACAACCCUAUGACCUCAGCAUUGAUAUUUAUAGCCGCUACAUCUACUGGACUUGUGAGGCCUCCAACGUCAUUACUGUAACAAGAUUAGAUGGGAGAUCAAUUGGAGUGGUGCUGAAAGGCGAGCAAGACAGACCUCGAGCCAUUGUGGUAAACCCAGAGAAAGGGUAUAUGUAUUUCACCAAUCUUCAGGAAAGGUCUCCAAAAAUUGAACGAGCUGCUUUGGACGGAACAGAACGGGAGGUUCUCUUUUUCAGUGGCUUAAGCAAACCAAUUGCUUUAGCCCUUGAUAGCAGAUUGGGCAAACUCUUUUGGGCGGAUUCAGAUCUCCGGCGAAUUGAAAGCAGUGAUCUUUCAGGUGCCAACCGGAUAGUAUUAGAAGACUCCAAUAUCUUGCAGCCUGUGGGACUGACUGUGUUUGAAAAUUGGCUCUAUUGGAUUGAUAAGCAGCAGCAAAUGAUCGAAAAAAUUGACAUGACAGGUCGAGAGGGAAGAACGAAAGUCCAGGCUCGAAUUGCCCAGCUUAGUGACAUUCAUGCUGUAAAGGAGCUGAACCUUCAGGAAUAUAGACAGCACCCUUGUGCACAGGAUAAUGGUGGCUGUUCACAUAUUUGUCUUGUAAAAGGAGAUGGUACAACAAGGUGCUCUUGCCCCAUGCACUUGGUUCUGCUUCAAGAUGAGCUAUCAUGUGGAGAACCCCCAACGUGUUCUCCUCAGCAGUUUACUUGUUUCACGGGAGAGAUUGACUGUAUCCCUGUGGCUUGGCGGUGCGACGGGUUUACUGAGUGUGAAGACCAUAGUGAUGAGCUCAAUUGUCCUGUAUGCUCAGAGUCCCAGUUCCAGUGUGCCAGUGGGCAGUGUAUUGAUGGUGCCCUCAGAUGCAACGGAGAUGCAAACUGCCAGGAUAAAUCAGAUGAGAAGAACUGUGAAGUGCUUUGUUUAAUUGAUCAGUUCCGCUGUGCCAAUGGUCAGUGCAUUGGGAAACAUAAGAAAUGUGAUCAUAAUGUGGAUUGCAGUGACAAAUCAGAUGAGCUGGAUUGUUAUCCAACUGAGGAGCCAGCACCACAGGCCACCAAUACAGUCGGUUCAGUUAUUGGAGUAAUUGUCACUAUUUUUGUGUCUGGAACCAUAUACUUUAUCUGCCAGAGGAUGUUGUGUCCACGUAUGAAGGGAGAUGGAGAAACCAUGACUAAUGACUAUGUAGUUCAUGGACCAGCUUCUGUGCCCCUUGGUUAUGUACCACACCCAAGUUCUUUGUCAGGAUCUCUUCCAGGAAUGUCUCGAGGUAAAUCAAUGAUCAGCUCCCUCAGUAUCAUGGGAGGAAGCAGUGGACCCCCCUAUGACCGAGCUCAUGUCACAGGAGCAUCAUCAAGUAGUUCUUCAAGCACCAAAGGCACUUACUUCCCUGUGAUUUUGAAUCCCCCACCGUCCCCAGCCACAGAGCGAUCACAUUACACUAUGGAAUUUGGUUAUUCUUCAAACAGUCCUUCCACUCAUAGGUCCUACAGCUACAGGCCAUACAGUUACCGGCACUUUGCACCCCCCACCACACCCUGCAGCACAGAUGUUUGUGACAGUGACUAUGCUCCCAGCCGGAGAAUGACCUCAGUGGCAACAGCCAAGGGCUACACUAGUGACUUGAACUAUGACUCAGAGCCUGUGCCCCCACCUCCCACACCCCGAAGCCAAUACUUGUCAGCAGAAGAGAACUAUGAAAGCUGCCCACCUUCUCCAUACACAGAGAGGAGCUACUCUCAUCACCUCUACCCGCCGCCGCCCUCUCCCUGCACAGACUCCUCCUGAGGAGGGGCCCUCCUCCUCUGCCUGCCUCCAAUGCAAACAUGUACAUACAGAUUUGGUUGAGAUCUGGAGGGGGGGAGGGAGAUACGAGAGAAGGAUGAGGCAGACCAUGUACAGUUAAAAAUUAUAAAUGGGGUAGGGAAUACUGGAGAUAUUUGUACAGAAGAAAAGGAUAUUUAUAUAUUUUCUUAAAACAGCAAAUUUGCUGCUUGUGCCAUAAAAAUUUGUAUAAAAAUAAAUUUGUACUAAAAGUUUUAUUUUUGCAAACUAAAUACACAAAGCAUGCCUUAAACCCAGUGAAGUGACUGAGUACAAGGAAACAGAAAUAAUGGAGGCAUCAGUGACCAGGAAUGUCUGGGCUUUGUUACCAAAAAUAGAAGAAGAAGAAUUAUUUAAGUCCAUCUCAGCAGCAAACCAUUGACACUUGGAAGUAGCCAGAGAGCCCUCAUGUUAACUAACAUUUGAGGGCCAACAAGUUGAAGAAACCAUGAACGAAAAAAGGAAUUAAUACUAACUUUGGACGUGGGGCUUUGUUUUCUCUAGAAAUCCAGCAAUUUUAGUGAGGAUAAAAAUCCAUUCUGGGUGUUGCUAUUGUAGUUUCGAUCAGCUGUCUGGUAAGAUGCUGUGGGGCCACGUGUGUGUGCAAGACUUCUGUCCUUACCUUAGAAUCCACACACACCUCUUUCAGGGUUUUUUUCUCUAGGUGUUUUCACCUUGCUUGCUCCCCCAGCAGCUUUAUAAGCCGUUUUGCCAAGAUAUCAUGACUUAUUCAAAGCUUUUUAUCUGAGGAUUGAUUAAAUGGAAUUUUCUAAAUUAAGGUUUUAUUUUAAUAUUUAUACUAGCUCCAUUCUCAUAUAGGCUUAUCUCCUCAGUUUGACUGCUGUUUUUGCAUAAUGAUCAAAGGGUAGACAUAUUAUCGCUCCUCUUCUAAGAUUGUUUUAAUGCUCAUUAAACUCUCUUCUUACAACACAUGUAGGCAGUGUUUUAAGAAUUACAAAUUUAACCAUUAUGUUUUUGUUGUAAAUUGAUCAUAUAUCCUUGCAGUACUUUCAGCAUGUAAUAUCACAAUAUAAAAUCAUUUUUAUAUAUAUUUUUCCUACUAAAAUAUUUAAAUAUGUUCUGGUUAGAGACAAUCUGUGUAAAAGGAGAACUUUUUGUUAUCAUUAGGUUUUCCCUUUAGUAACUGCUUGUGACAUUUUUAUGUUCUUUAGGCCAAUUUUUCUCAGAAUGAUGUCACAUACAUACCUCUUCUAACAUGCAACAUGAGUUUAAUAUCUUUCUGUUACCUAAUGUGAAUGUUUUCAAAUUAUCCACGAAUUAUCCUUAUAAUCACCUUUUAUAUAUAUUUAUGUGUGUUCUCUCUUAUCCCAUUAUGGAUUAAGACGAUUUAACAAAUUUAACAGUACAGAUUAAAUGAGAAGGUAAACUGUUAACUUCUCAGCCAUCAAAACUCGGGUGGAGGGGAUAAUGGAAGGCUCUUACGUAACCUGCUGGCCUGUGCAGCACUGGGGCUGCUGCAUCUUCAGCUAUCAGGGCUGACCUGUGGAAUGAGUCUAGCACUGCUCUGCCAUCUUGCCAGAAGUUAAUUUCCUGCUUUUCACAUGUUUCCAGCAUUUCUCUGCUAAAAUUGAAUGUGUUUUUAAACUAAUGUAUUUUUUUACCUUAACAGAUGUUGGUCAGUUAGUUACUGAAUGGUUUUUCUAAAAAUUCUGUCUUGCUGAGGCUUCUCUGGAUUUCAGGGCCCAAGAAAAAAACAAUGGAAGGAAGGAUUCAGAAUAUUGGCAAAGGUGAAGUAAUUCUUUAAGCAAUUAAAAAAUACCUAAGUAAACUUUUUAGAGAGAAAAAAAUGUGUUUUCAGAAUACUGCUUAGAUUGUUGGGGACACCUUCUAAGAAUCAGGUGCACUUGGUUUUGCAUAUAAAUAAAUGGUGAUCCAGCAGUGUCUUGCAUUUCAGUCAGACUAUAGCCGUAACUCUUCCUGUUCAUGAAACAAAGUGCCCCCAACCUAACAGAAUGGACACAGAAGGCACAUUCUGUGACACACAUGGGCACUUGAUGCUUAAAUGAAGACGGAAAGGUUAGCAAUAACUGGGUGUCAAUUAGAAUUUGAGAAUUCUAUAUGUUUACAUUUUUUAAUGUGCAUCUUUAUCUGGUGGGCUUCCCAUGUGGAAACUUGCACUAUAAUAAACUAAGAAGAAUAUUGCCUUGUUGUAUCUCAGUCCAAGUGCUUGUACUGCGAUGGCAAUGGCCUCUUCUUGCAAAAUGCUAAUUUGUGUGCCAAUUUGAAAUUAUUUGAAGGCAGUUCAGCUUAGUCUUAGAAUCCUCUUUCUGGGGUAGUUGAGAUGGAUUUUUAAUAUUUGGGGGAGUACCUUUAAAAUGAGAGAAUUGUCAGAAUUCAGGAAAGAUUUAUCGACCCUCUGGUUACAUGGACAGUUAAGCUUAAGUAAACUAUCUUAAUUAUUAAACACAAGAGCUUUAAUUAGAAAAACUAAGGAUAAAAAAUCAAAAAGGGUUUUGAACUCGGUGUAUUGCUAGAUUCAUUAUCCAUGGGGGAGAGGGGUGAAUAAAAUUUCAUUAGAUUUCUUAAAUUAAAAAAGUAUUUAUUUCGAGCAUAUCUUAAGGUACACCCACUUACUGAUACGGUUAGAAUUGUCUGAGAAAUUAGCUUAAGCAGAGCAUACGUUCAGUGCACUGUAGUAAGCUCUCCCGCGUUGGAGUGGUCUUUUAAGAACUGAACUUCUCUAACUUUGACCCUGGCUCCUGCAGAACCCUGGUCCUCUGAACAGGGGCCCAAGGAGCUCUGCUCUGACCGGCGAGGACAGCUAUUAUAAAUGGGUGGUGUGCACUUGGAAAUCUAAUGGGGGGGAGGGGAUAAGUGGGGGUAGGCAGUAAAGUUGUAGAUGUUCUUUCCUUCCGGUACUAGAGGGGCUUUCCUUAAGCAAGUCAGCUUCUCUGCAGUAGGUGCACUGCUGCUGUUUCCCUGUCUAGUCCUAUGCCUAGACGAGAUGCUUAGAAACGUAGUUUUAAAAUUGUUUUAUCUCUUGCAGGAGAAAACAUGUCACUCCAUUAAUUUGCAUGCUGUAAGAGCUGCAUAUUUACCAUUUCACAUCUAACAAAAUUCAGAAACAGAAAUCUUGGGCUUUUCAAACCCCAAAUAUGUUAUGCUUUAUUAAGUUACAUAGUGUGGAGUGUGGAUAUGAGUAUGUAAAUACCAGUUGGCUGACAAAGAUUUGGACAUUUACAAAUGAGAAUAUACACUAGGUGUAGACGCGAACCGAACCAUAAAGAAGUUUAUAAUCAGUGUUGUUUAAAACAUGUCCUCAGAAUUUUUAAACUCAAGAAAUUUAAUCUUAUUUGGUAUUGCUUUUCUUAUCCCAAGCCUAAAGUGAGCUAAGAGAAAUAACAUGAUUUUAGAGAGUACUGGUAGUAUGUGUGGUUUCUGACUGUGGGGAGGGCAUCAUUUCAUAAUAGUCUCAAAAUUUAGCCUUUGAAAUUCUCAAGGUUUUAGAGGACUUUGGAUCUAAAAUAUACCAUUUUACUCUUGGUAUUUUAAGUAUUUUAAAUUAUGAGUGUUGUAUGUCUGCAUACUCAGGAUAUUUGUCUUCAUUCUGUGUAUUAUUAAACUAAACCUGUACCUGAGUGGAGGGGGGAGGUAGAUUUUUAGGGUAAUCUAGAUGAUUUAGAGAGAAAUUACUGGCUCUCCUCACCCUUUUUCAGUGCAGUACACUUGACUCUGGUUUUCUUUUUCGUAAGGCAUUCUUAAACCAUUAAGUUUACUGCUGAAAAAAUUAUUCAUGACUUUACAGAUAGAAUUAUAAACUAAGCAAUUUCUUGUACUCAGAAGAGGACUGUAGACCUAACAGAAACUUUUCUCCCCACUGUUACUUAGGGUUUGCCUAAAAGUUAACACCAAAAAAUUAUACACAGCUGCUUUUGCUUAACUGUCCAUUCUUUUUUAAAUAAAAUAUAAUCAGGGUAGGGAUGCAUAUAUAUGUAUGUGAAUAUAUAUAUAUAUAUAUAUAUGAACAUUCCUUUAAUACGGAUAUUAAAAGGAAAAUAAAGCGAAGAGAGUGAUUAAAUGUAACGUUACAUGAAAUUCAGUAUCUGGGAUUAGCGAGGAAAAUUUAAAAGGAGUAAAGAGGAUACUGAGAAGCUUAAGCUGGACUAGCCUGAUUUGCAAGUGAAGGAUCUGGUGCUGCUUUCAGAUGUUUAUCCUUUGUGUUUUUAAAUUUUUUUCUUAAGCUUUAAUCUUCGUUUUGUCUUAAAGUCAGCUGGUGUUUCUUGUCCAUGGACUUUGGUACGAUGGUGCUUUGCAAGGAUGUAUUUAUAUUUUAAUGGCCAACAUUUGGUCAGCCCUUGUCCACUAUUCACUCCCCCUUUUUGUAAAAUAAGUGCUUUAAUUGUAAACUGUAUAAAAAUACCUUGUAUAAAACCCCCCUUUUGAUUAUUACAAUAAGCUGAGUUGUAACAAAUGAAAAGUUGAUUUUUAUAAUAAAACGGUGGAAAAUAAA